AUGAGGCAGAUCACAUUACCAGACGGAAAGCGGUCGCGUUUGGGCUACCCGUCUAGGACACUGCUCUCAAGUUCGUACCGUACCCUCUUGGUAUCCACAACCAAGGAAGGCCAACCAAGAGCCGACACGACUCUGCAGAACAUUAUCUUCGCCUUCAACUCCUCUACAGUCUGCCGAGCAACCCUCAAGGACAAACUCAGACAUAUCAUCAUCAGGGGCGCUUUCAAAGCCUGGAAACCUUCUGCCUCAGACACACCGGCUUCUGUCGGUCUACACGACCUGUUUUAUCAAGACAUCACCGCAGCAGUGCUCGACGCACUGUCGCAGCAAUUCUUCAGCUCUUUCAGUUCUUUUGAGACAGUCACGCCACGACCACCGACCCUUGCCAAACUCUACCGUCAAUACGACACUGUCACAAUCGAUUGGUACGACUACAAGUGUGACGCCUGCAAGCGCGGAAAGUACGACUACUGCAGAGAAUACCUGGAAAACUACGGGGGAGGACGCCGCUGGUGCAACGUCGAGCAAGAGCAGCCUUGGGGUCACAAGCUCAAGCGCUGCCAUACGUGUGUUACAAUCGUCGGCGUGAUCAAGGAGCUGAACGCGCUGGUUUUCCGCGAGCCAUGGCUCGUCACGGAAGGCGUGGCUGGGGCGCCACAGAAAGAGGCGUGGGAGAUGGAGGGGGAGGAUGUGGCGGGUAUUGAGGAGGAGGAGGACGCGGUGUCCGACCCCCUUGACGGGCUGACAGCAGAGGAGAGAGGCAAGCUUCGUCAUGCGGCCAUGGAGGCUGUCAUGCGUCGCUGGAGCUUGAUGGCGGCGGAGCAAGCCGCGGAGACAGAGGCCAAGUAG